AUGGCCUUAAACGGUGCAAACGGCUGCGAAGUCGCACUCACCACCAACUCUCGUAGGACGGUUGGCUACAGCCUUGCACGGACGACGCCUGAGAAGAGUCAGGAGGAGUGGCGAUCGGAGUCCUUCCGGUGGAUCAAGACGCUCCCCCAACAGCAGAGAUGCGAUGUGACGCGCUGCUCCUCUCCACGUGCCGCGUGGCGCGUGCUGACGGAGACGCACAGUGCUGCCGCGCCGGUCGCGGUGCUGGAGGACGGCUGCUGUCGUGGUCCUCGGACACUUGAGGAGAUCAAGUUGGCCUUCAAGCGACGAGCUUUGCAGGUUCAUCCUGACAAGGGCGGCAGCAAGGAUGCUUUUCACUUAGUCUACCAGGCUUUUGAAACUCUGGCAGACUCGGAAGCACGGCGCCGCUACGACCAGCGCCUGGACCACGAAAAACGCCGGCGGACGUCGCGUCCGGGCGCGGGCGCUCGCGGCUGUGGCCCCGCGAGCGCGUCGCGCCCGGGACGAGCGGCGAAGAAGGCGGCGAAGCGCCACGCGGCGGAGAGGGCGGCGCCGGGGACGAAGUCUAAAGGAGCGAAGAAGGAGGUGGAGAUCUCGAACAAGCUCUUGAGCAAGCUCUAUGAGCUACUGAAGCUGAUUCCUCGCGGUGUCCGGAACGAUGUCUUGGCCAAGGACUUCUCGCAGAAGCAGCGUGUGCUCUUGGAAAAAUGGAUUGUGCUUCAGCGGGAAGGCACCGAAGGCGGCAGCGUUCCAGCCGCCGAAGGCGGAAAAGAGGCCUCAAUGGUGAAGGCGCCGCCGCCGCCGAAGCACGCCGAGCCGACGGCCGCAGCCCGAGCCGCGGCGCGGUCUCGGCUGGAACCACCGAGCCGCCGGAGGUGGGGGAAGCUGGUGAAGUUGCCGUUGGUCGACAAGGGCUACAAGGUGAGGCGGAAGGAGGAGAAAGUGAAUCUGCGGGGUUUGGUGCGGCAGGGUUCUGGAUAUCGUGCCAGGCUGUUCUUGUUUGGAAUCCGAGCAGAAACACAAGUGGUGGACUUGUCAACAGCAGUGGAGUUCCUGGUGAUCCUCACCUCGAUCAAGCAGAGAGUGCAGGCCUCAGGGGCGGAGGUGCAGGAUUCCAGCAUGGCUCUUCAACACCGCUUGCAAGAAGCAGUGGAAGUUUGUGCCAUGGAGCAUGGCCGAAGAUAUGAAGAACUAAGGCUACGCUGGCAUUUAGUCCAACAUGCAGGCAUCUUCUUUGUUGGACGUGCGUGCGGCAGGAGGUGCGUCUUCUCCCCAGUGGCCUCCAGCGUGGAAGAAGUGAUGAAGUACCACCGGUGUAUGGCGCCUUUCCGUGCCUACAUGAAGCAGAAUCUAGAGACUCGAAAGAGUCUGAUUUGGCACUACGGCCCACUUGACCUGACCGGUCUGUGGGAACUCUUUCUGAAUUCAGUGGCUGCCAUGUGGGAAGACCGCUUGGAUAGGAAGAAUGACCAGUUGCGCAAGAUGCAAGCGCUCUAUGAUGCAAACGUUGAUGUGCGUGCCCAGCUAUUGCAGCAGUGGGAGCUCAAGCAGAUGUCUAUGCAUGACAAGAACAGACACCGGCCACGUAGGUUCCGCACUUCAAGCCUCAGAUGGGAGCGCAAGCAGAUGAAGAUGCAUGACAAGGAUGAGCACCCGCACGGCUGCAAGAGAUUACGACAGAGAUGUCAUUGGGAGCGUGAGCAGAUGAGUUUACAUGACAAGGAGGAACACCAACGAGGCUGGCUGCAAAGAAUCAGGAAGCUGCUUCACAGGUGGAGACAUCUCUUGAGAAUCCAGGAGAGGCUGGCAGAGAAGAAGCGGCAAAGCUACUUGAGGCAGCGAAAGAAGGAGCGACUUGAACGGAGGCGACAGGACGAGGUGAAGCGGAAGCAUGCCCGAGACCAGCAGAAGGCGGAGCAACAGGCUCAGCGGUUGAGAAGGGACACGUUGCGGAAACGGAGGAUGUCUGACCUCACCAUGGACGAGAUUCUGGGCAAGAAAAGGGGAGAUGCGGUGCAGACAGCGUGCAGGCUGCGCAGCAAUGCCUGUGCUUAG